AUGGAGUCGUCCAAGUUCUAUAGGAAAAAGGUCUGGUGGAACACUUACCGCAUGGUUCUCUACGACCCUGGGGAUGAGAUGUGCUGGAUUUCUGGCGUGAAACUACACGAUAAGUUCACCCAGUGCAUCCCAGUGGAUGAGGAUGAUGGAUUUUACUACCGCGAUUGGAACACAGUACAAGAUCCAAGGAUGGUAGCACCCAGGAUUCUUAGUCCAUCCACGACGCCGAAAGAGUUGGCCGGUUAUUACAUCCACUCCCGUUGCUGGGAGCUACUCUCGCAUCACGAACUGCGUACUGUUGCGGAGAGGGAUAUGAACACGUUGAGAUUGGCGCUUCGGACAAAAUACACUCAAACGGGCUAUCAGCCCAAGUGCUGGAAUCCUGAUGCAAGUCAGGAAGAUCCUGUGCGCACAAAACGCGUUUCGGACGCUAUCUCCUCGGCCUUAAAACAGGGACGCCGAAGAAAAACGACAAAGAAGAAGAAAAAAGGGAAACGCCAGCCUGCUCCUCAAAAGGCUCGAGUCGGGAGCUGCAACCUCCCGCUGGAACUGUUAUGUAUGAUUUUCGAUUAUCUUCCAUCUCAGACGGUGGCAUUUAUAGAGAAAGAGUUGGGCGUUUCUAUGGGUAACAUGUAUUGGCGAUCGAGAAUAUCAACCGAAUUCUUCUACGAGAUAGUGGGAGUUGACGAUGAGCGAAUUGAUUGGAAGCAGCUGUGCUUGAAACUAGAGAGACAACUCGCGACUUCCACAGCAUUGGUCAUACGGCGCUACUUGUUGGAAUGUAUGGAUGACAUCAUGGAGAUUGUGAGGAGGUCCAGAAGUUACACUAAGUGGGCGGGUCAGCAGUGCAAAGACAAGUAG